AUGUGUGUAUUUCACUAUAUCCUGCAGCUUCUAAGACCUCGAGCAAAAAAGUUGGGCCUGGGCACUGCUUAUAUCCAUGGAAUGAAGCACGCCACUGGGAAUUUUAUUGUUAUUAUGGAUGCUGACCUUUCUCACCAUCCUAAAUUUAUUGCAGAGUUUAUCAGGAAGCAGAAAGAAGGAAAUUUUGAUAUCGUAUCUGGAACAAGAUAUAAAGGAAAUGGAGGAGUACAUGGGUGGGAUUUGAAAAGAAAAUUAAUCAGUCGUGGUGCCAAUUUUUUAACUCAGGUUUUGCUGAGACCAGGAGCAUCUGACUUAACUGGGAGUUUCAGGUUAUACAAAAAAGAAGUCUUACAGAAACUAAUGGAAAAAUGUGUUUCUAAAGGAUACGUCUUCCAGAUGGAGAUGAUUGUUCGGGCUAGACAGUUAGGAUAUACUAUUGGAGAGGUUCCUAUCUCAUUUGUGGACCGUGUCUAUGGAGAAUCUAAACUGGGAGGCAAUGAAAUAGUCUCCUUUUUGAAGGGACUCUUGACCUUGUUUGCUACAACAUGAUGGUUUAUCCUAAAUUAACUUUUUUAGAAAAUGUUUUUCUAAGAUCUGUGUCAUUUCUAAUAUGCUGUAGCAGAAG